GGACUGAAAACCAAGUGAGGAGAUGGACAUGAGCUCAUAGUAACUUGAGCUUGCAUUCUACUGACUUAUGGCAUCUACGAAGAAAGGGGAAAAGAUAGUAGCUAUGUUAUCUGAUCACAGUCACUAUCCAGAGACCCUGCUGGAAACAGAGGGUGUGUGACCACCUCAAGUGAGGAAAAAGAAAGGAUUUGUAUCGGAAUACCCACACAGGGGAUUAGCAGACUGGCACUCACUGUGGAACAGUCUGGAACUGAGGAGUCAGCCCCUUCAGCAAAGAAGGAGAGGGAGUUGGAGGAAAUCAUGUUUCGUUUUCCUGUUUUACAGAAGGAUUGCACCAUACUGCACCAGAGAAUACAGAGAGGAUAGAGGUCACAGAAAGAUCCUGACCAUCACCCAAGGAACAACAACACAACUGUGGGAGGACAUCCAGUCCCUUUGCAGCAUUGCUCAACACGGAGAAGGUUAGGCAGUGAAAACAUCAUCUGGAAAUUGGUCGGUUCAGGGGAGCUUUGACAUCUCACCAGUUCUGAAACUGGUCAGUGGUGUGGAGCCUUCCAUCAGAACCAACCUUUCUGAAGGUUCAGCUGUGGGUGAUCGAUCAGGGUGAGGCUGGGAAGACGUGUGAGUGGCUCCAAGUGUGGUGAGAGCUUCAAUCAUUCAUCAAGCCUCAUGAACCACUGACUCAUUUAUACAGGAGAGCAAGUGUGAAGUGCGUGAAGAGGGCUCUACAGCUAUUCACAUUCUCCUCACAUUUGGUGCAUUUGUUAAAAAUACUGUCAACAAGAUUGGCACAUGGAAGAGAAACCAUUCAAGUGUCAAAUUUGUGAUAAAACUUUUGUGAAACUGUACACCCUUCAAAUACACCAGAGAGUUCACACUGGAGAAAAAUCCUUCAAGUGUGAAGUCUGUGACCGAGCCUUUGCACACUCAUCAACACUGGUAAAUCACCGACGCAUUCACACAGGAGAGAAGCCGUUCAAGUGUGAGGUGUGCAAUAAAUGCUUUUCUAAGUCAUGGAGCCUUCUCAUGCAUCAACCCAUUCACACAGGAGAGAAGCCAUUUACGUGUGAGGUAUGUGACAAAGCCUUCUCGAAGUCAUCAGCUCUCCGUCUACACCAACGUACUCACACAGGGGAGAAACCAUUCACAUGCACGAUAUGUGACAAGUCAUUCUCACAGUUGCCGAACCUCCACACACACCAACGCAGUCACACAGGAGAGAAACCAUUCAUCUGUGAAGUGUGUGACAAAUCAUUCUCUCAGUCUUCACACCUCCGUGUACACCAACGCAUUCACACUGGUGAGAAACCAUUCUCGUGUGCUGUGUGCAACCAGUCUUUUUCACGGUCAUCAACUCUGCUUGACCAUCAACGCAGUCACACAGGAGAGAAACCAUACACGUGUGGAUUGUGUAACAAAUCAUUCUCACGGCCAACACACCUCCUUGAACACCAAUACAUUCACACAGGGGAGAAACCUUACACAUGUGAGGUGUGUGACAAAUCGUUCUCAGAUUCAUCGACUCUCCGCACCCACCGACGAAUUCACACAGGUGAGAAACCAUUCACCUGUGAGGUGUGCAACAAAUCAUUUUCUGAGUUAUCAAAACUCAGGAGACACCAGAGGAUUCACACAGGUGAGAAACCAUUCAGGUGUGAGGUUUGUGAGAAGGCCUUCACCCAAUCCUCCACUUUCCAGAGGCACCAGAGGAUUCACACUGGGGAGAAACGCUUCCAAUGUGAGGUUUGUAACAAAGCUUUCACACGCUUAUCAAACCUAGUCAUCCAUCAGAAGAUCCAUAAUGGAGAGAAAAUCUUGGAGUGUGAAGUUUCGGCAAAGCUUUCGUGACAUGUCACAGCCUUUUGUUUUACUGGAGAAUUCACGGGGAGAAUUCAUUUAAGGGCUUUAAUUUGUGAGAAGGUUUUAAUUCACUCCUUUAAUUUCCUGAUAGACCAGCACAUUUACGCAGAGAAGAAACCAUCAACAUGUUUGACAAAUGAGUGACAAAUCAUUCUUGAAUUUAAUGCAUGCUCCAUUAUAUUAACACAAGGAAGCAACUGGUCGGUGUGAGACAAAGCCUUCACCAGCUAAAGGAGCCUCCUCCACUAACAGACAAUUCAAACUGGAGAGACUCUCCACUGGAGAGUGUGUCAGGAUUUUCCCUUCUAUGGACAAGAGGAAAAUGCAUCGAUAGUUUAUGUGGCAAAGUUUAUCUUCCUUUUUGAAAAUAUUUAUGAUUAUCAUAUUCACAAAGUCAGGCAAAGUUAAUUUGCUUCCCAAAUCUGCAUGAUAAGUCUAAAUUUUGCAAAAACGCUCCAACUUUGAAGGCCUGAGCAUUUAGACCACCUGGGCCACAGGUUUUGUUGUUUCUCAUCAUUUUAUUUUCUUGUUGCUGCUGUCUCACUGGUGACUCACCCAAGGAUUCUACCAUAGGGCACUGGGGGAUUGACUGGAGAGUUUCAGUUGUCCUGUGAAUUUAUAGUUGAGAAUUUGUUCAAAAUGCUGUCCAUCAUUUUGUAAAAAAAAAACCACCAUCUGGGAUUUUGAACAUUUGACCUUAGUCAGGACCUUGGCCCUGGUAACUUGAAAACCUUCAUAUAAUGAUGAUGAUGAUCAGCAUAGUAUUAGAUCUCAUGGGCUGCCUUCUUGAGUUGUGACCUUGGGUUAGUUUGCCCACCUCUGACAUGAUCUUUGUUGCCAGACAAAUCCAAGGAGAAUAUUGAGAACAGCAACAGAAAUUCUUCAUUAUAUAUCUCAUUGUAAACAAAGCACUUGACAGAAUAACUCGAGGGGCUCUGCGGAUUGUAGUCCGUUGAUUUUGAAGUCCAAGGAACUUCAACACAAUCCUGCAAGCUUCAUGCUGAUAUGAUUGUCUUGAAUGGGAGAUCUGAAACAAAACCUGCAAAAUCCAGACCUAUGUUAAGCAUGGUUGUGUGAUAGCCCCCACUCUAUUUAUAGUCAACCUGACAGUGACCAUUAUCUCCUCAAAGAUCAAUUGCCCUCUGGUCAGUUUUAACUAUCAUCUCUCUGUGAACCCCAUUUACCUCCAUCCCCUCUAUGCCAAAACUAAAUUGACCAUCACAUAUAUAUGUAAUCCACAGUUCUCAGAUGACCACAGUUUUGCAGUCCACUCUACAACAAAUUUACAAACCACAGUCAAUCCUUUGUGAUGAAAUCCAAUUUUCUGUUGUAUCCAUUUGUACAGGAGAAGCCAGCAAUCUAUGAAUUGUAAUAUUCAGAGGACGCUCAGUGCAAGAGUUGCAAGGUAACUACAUUCAAUUUUGCACAGCAUUACAGUUGUGGCUUCUUACAUUGUUUUCAUUCAAUCACAGAUAAGAGCAAUUCCAGAGUUACAGUGAAUUUACAAGACAAACAGAAGCAGACUCCAUGCUGCUGUUAGCCAUACUGCUGGGAAGACAGCUGAAUUAGAAAGGUUCUGUGCAUGCUCCCAAUAAAGAGUUCAGAGCAGUUGGAUAUUCUCUAUGUUGUUAGAACUCAGGAAGAGGUUCAGAGAAUUGGAUAACAUCUAAAUGUUGAGUCAGGGCCUUGUUUGUUGUCUGGGAACUAUGUUGGCUCAAAAGAAUCUGAGUUGCUAAGAAUUCAGUCCAGCUGAGAAUGUGACCAUUUGAAGAACUCAACAAGGAAUAUUUGCUUGUUGCAACUCGGCAGGAUUAGAGCUUAGCUUGGUGAAGUUAGCUCUCGGUGCAAAGCUAAACUAAGCCUAUGGAUAUAGGAGUGCAGUUUUGAGGUCCAAGGAAGUGUAGAUGCAGGAAGAAAGAGUGAUCAAACUGAACUGGAGCAGUCAUUGAAGCAGUACGUGACUGAGUAAUUCUUGGGAGAAAGCAUCAAAGACAGAUCGACAAAAGUGAAGAAUUGUGACUCCUUGUGAAAACUAAUGAGAGUUGAUGACCCACCUUGUCGAUUACUGAGAAAUCUCUGGCAUCAUACUUGGUUCUACUUGCUGUGUGAUAUGUGCUGUGGAGUUAAUAAUAAACAUUUACAAUGUUAGCUUCGCAUGUUUGAAUAUAAGUUGUACAUGUAUUGUUUGUGUUAUUGCUCUGAUGAUGUGAAGUAAAGUUUAUUGUUGUUUAUUCAAA